AUGGCUGACUUUUGUUGUCGGGAUGUUGAACCCGCCUCCCCGCCCUCCCCGCCCUUCCCGCCCUCAGCGCCCUCAGCGCCCACAGCGCCCUUCCCGCCCUCAGCGCCCACAGCGCCCACAGCGCCCUCGCCGCCCUCAGCGCCCUCCCCGCCCUUCCCGCCCUCAGCGCCCUCGCCGCCCUCAGCGCCCACAGCGCCCACAGCGCCCUCGCCGCCCUCAGCGCCCUCCCCGCCCUUCCCGCCCUCAGCGCCCUCCCCGCCCUCAGCGCCCACAGCGCCCACAGCGCCCUCGCCGCCCUCAGCGCCCUCCCCGCCCUUCCCGCCCUCAGCGCCCUCCCCGCCCUCAGCGCCCACAGCGCCCACAGCGCCCUCGCCGCCCUCAGCGCCCUCGCCGCCCUCACCGCCCUCAGCGCCCUCGCCGCCCUCACUCAGUAUAAUAUAUUACCUCCAGAUAAACACCACGGAGGUCAGAAAACUUGUUGAGUGUCCAGGACUUUUGAAAAAGACUGGUAGAGUGCACAUGUCUUCUGAAGACGACUGGGAAAGUAUACAAUGUGUUUUGAAUAAGGCUGAUGAAGUGUACAUGUCUGGUGAAGAUUAA